AGAUCUUUUAUUCUUAUUCUCCCUGAAUCAUACGACAUUUAACAUACCCCUAGAAAAUCUCCCGCGUUCCAUGUUUCAUCGAAGACCUCUUUCAGUAGCUGUGGAAGUAAAGAAGAGCAGAAAAGGGAAGAGGAUGCUUGACAGUAGCACAACAUUCCACAUUCCAUUGCAUUCAAGUGAAGUGACAGCGCUGGGUCGGAGGAAAAGAAGGCGGCCAAGAGAGGGCGCGGGAGAGGAGAAAAACAAGGCACUGGUUUCGCUGUCCACCAGCAUACCAUCACCUUCAUCAUCAUUAUCACAAUUGCCAUCACCAUCACCAUUUAAAGCAGAAGAAGAAUAUAAACUGCUAGGAAUUGAAUUUUUCCAAUGUGACGCGCUACAAUUGGCUCCAAAACUUCUUGGCAAGCUCCUUCGGAAAGACGAUGUUAUUCUGCAAAUUACUGAGGUGGAAGCUUAUCGACAGAACGAUACAGCGUGUCAUGGUCGAUUUGGCAUUACAGCACGAACUGCUCCAGUGUUUGGACCAGGAGGGCGUUCUUAUGUAUAUUUAUGCUAUGGAAUCCAUUCUAUGCUUAAUGUUGUAGCUGACAAAGAGGGCAUUGGUGCUGCUGUUCUAAUUCGUUCUUGUGCUCCAAUUUCUGGUUUGGAGACCAUACAAUCUCGGAGAGGUCAAGCAACCAAUAAGCCUAUUCUACUUACUGGACCAGGCAAGGUUGGGCAAGCAUUAGGUCUUACAACAGAUUGGUCAAAUCAUCCACUUUACACUCCUGGUGGGUUGGAAUUAUUGGAUGGACCUGCAGUCAAGAAUAUAGUAGUUGGGCCAAGAGUAGGGAUUGAAUAUGCAGCUCGAGAAGAUGUGGAAGCAUUAUGGAGAUUUGCGAUUGCUGGAAGUGCUUGGAUAAGUGCACCACGCAACACCCUUAGACCUGCCUCUUCCAGUUCAAUUUCAGAAUGAAGGGUGACUACUUUUAGGUACCUCACGAAUUUUUCCUCUGCCCUUUGCGUUCUGGUAAGCAUUUUGAUAUGGAUUCGGAUAUACGUUGUGCAACUGUCUGUGAAUUUUUUCCCGUUUUUGUAAUUGUAUCACAGGAGAAUGUGAACAACUGUUCCAAGAAUGUCUAAAUUUAUAAUCGAAGUAGUGAUUAUGAAUUUUAGAAUUUUGUAUGAUGCUUUCAACUUUGUAUCAAUUUCAUCUAUGAGAUUGUAUGGCACUGUAUCAAAUCCUCACAGUAGCUCUCUUUUUUUGACAUUUGUAAUAUCUGGUGUCAUGUUUAUACUAUUAUAUGAAAUCCUUGUAUGAAAAUAUCUUGGACGUGAAAGUCACUACCUUUGUAGAAACAAGCAAAAUUUCUAUUCUGUUCAUAAUCCUUACUAAAUUCCAAAAUGAAGAAUGUCAUUGACCAU